GGCAAUCACUUCAAUCCCUCUCUGACUGUAAAUCUGUUUUCAAUUCAAUUUAAACUCAUUUUAAAAUCAAUUUCUAAUCAUUUGUUUGAAUGAAAAGUGCAUUCAUUUGUUAAUUGCAUGUGUUUUGAGUUCAUAUUUAAUCAAUGAUUGGACGCAAGUAUUGAUGACUUGUUUUCAAUUGCAUUGAGUUUUGUUCAAAUCAAUUGAGUUUUGGUGCGAAGAGUGGAUUCAAUUGAAUAGCAAUCGGAAGACAUCUUUGCGAAGACAAUGGAUGUGACGAACAGUUAUGUGAUGCCAUCGAUGGCCACCCCUCACAAUGAGAUGGCAGACCCGGCAGAGGAGCAGCACUUGGCAUUCCUCCAGAGCCAGAUCGUGCAGCCGUCACCCAUCCAACCGCCACAUCACGACCACAUCCACACCGCCUCCACGCCAUCCACUCCUCACAAACGCAAUGCCGGUCCCAACACUCCCGGUGUCAUCCAAUCGACGGCCAACACGCCAUCCAACCCAUUGUCCAACAACUCGUAUAUGCCGUCAUCUGUGAUGUCUGGUGUGGGCCCAUCCGGUCCCAUGACUCCCAUGACACCCAUGACUCCCGUCACACCCGUGUCCACAGACCCGGGGAUUGUGCCUCAGCUGCAGAACAUAGUGUCGACCGUAAACCUCGGCUGCAGACUAGACCUCAAGAAGAUUGCACUUCACGCCAGAAAUGCUGAAUACAAUCCCAAACGGUUUGCAGCCGUUAUUAUGCGAAUCCGAGAGCCGAGGACUACGGCCCUGAUCUUCAGUAGUGGCAAAAUGGUGUGCACUGGAGCUAAGAGUGAGGAACAGUCACGACUGGCCGCCCGAAAGUACGCCCGAAUCGUACAGAAACUCGGCUUUGAUGCAAAGUUCUCUGACUUCAAGAUCCAGAAUAUGGUCGGCAGUUGUGAUGUCAAGUUCCCCAUACGUCUGGAAGGACUGGUCCUAACGCACAGUCAGUUCUCCAGCUAUGAACCCGAACUCUUUCCCGGUCUUAUCUACCGAAUGGUUAAACCGCGUAUCGUUUUGCUGAUCUUCGUGUCCGGCAAAGUUGUCUUAACCGGAGCAAAAGUCCGGACAGAGAUAUACGAAGCGUUUGAAAACAUUUAUCCCAUUCUUAAGGGAUUCCGAAAACAAUGAUUUUAUUUUGAAUUAACUUUCGUUCUUAACAAAUAUAUUUCGACUAAACAAUUGUCAUUCAUUUCCAU